AUGAAAAGUCUCACACGUGCAGACCUCCGCUUCGAUAACACGAUUGAGGAUCCAGAACAACGUCGCCAGUACCGUAAAGACCUCGGCACAUGCAUCAGCCAGAUUCCAGCCUCCUGCCUCGAACUAAACGCCGUCUUUGCCGACGUCUCCCACGGCUUCGACGAGCAUCCCGCCGUCACGCCCCACACCCCCGACACCCUCUGCAUCGGCAUCCGCGACCUGUCGACGCGCCUGCGCCACCUCAGUCUCGAUGCCGUCCGCGUCUCCCCCGCCAUCUUCUGGCCAGCAGACGUCGAGCAGCAGCAGCAGCAGCAGCAGCCACCAUCAUGGCCGCACCUAGAAGUGCUCGAGCUGAUCCUAGAGCCGGUGGAUUCCUACGGCACCUUCUACGCCGACCCCACACCCUCGGAAAUCGCCUACAACGCCGCCAACCACACGCCAGCCCGCCCCAUCGAGAGCAUCACGCGUCUCGUCCCGCGGCCCGAGCGCGGCCUGCACCAACUGGUCACUGCGGCGGGCCGGGCGGCGUUCCGGGGCGGUGGCGGCGGCGGCAUGCCGCGCCUGCGCGAGCUGCGCAUCGAGCUGCCCGACAAGUGCGGCCUCGCGGUCGAGCUGUUCUUUGGCCAGGACUGGAAGGGCGAGGGGAAUUUUAGGCUCGAGUGGACGAGUCGGCCGCCCGUGCCGUGGACAGACGAGAUUGUCGAGGCGUGGGGGAUAGAGUGGAACAUGUGCGAAAUCGAUAGCGAAGAGGCGGAUGAGGAUGGGGACGGGGGCUAUUGGAAUUUAGAGGCGAUGGUGCCGUGGAGGUGA